AAUCACGAUCCUUUUACCUUCAAUUUGGCUCUGUACCAAAUUCAAAUUCCUUCUAAUUUUUUUAUAUAUGUAUAUUCAUCAUCUGUAUCUAUAAUCUAUUACAGUAAAUAUCAAACCCUAAUUUAUAACAAUAAACCUCUAAAAAUGAGUUUCAGUGAUCCAGCAAUGUCGUUAUUGGCCGCUAGCGGCGGCGACACCGUGAAACUUUUCGAUGUAUCCGUGGAUCCCGGAGAUCCUUGUAUUCUCAGUCACACGCCUUCGCCUGGCUCUCAAGUUAAUUCUGUUAAAUGGAAUCAUACUAAUUUGGUGGUGGCAAGUGCCGGCGACGAUAAGAAGAUAUCGUUAUGGCGAAAAAACGGUCAGAGUAUGGGGACUAUUCCGAGUGCUGGUGCUGAUAGUGGUGACAAUGUUGAGGAGUCUAUAUUCACUAUCAACUUUAGUACCAAGGCGUCUCGUUACAUUUGUUCGGGUGGAAGUGGUCAAGUUGUGAAAAUAUGGGAUUUGCAGAAAAGGAGGUGUAUAAAGUGGUUGAAGGGUCAUACAGACACAAUUACAGAUGUCAAGUACAAUUGCAAAGAUGAACAUUUAGCUUCUAUUAGUCUUAGCGGUGAUCUUAUUAUUCACAACCUUGGUUCGGGUGCAAGGGCUACUGAACUCAAAGAUCCUAACGGGCAGGUCCUGAGGGUGCUUGAUUAUUCACGGAUUAGCAGGCAUCUUUUGGUGACAGCUGGUGAUGAUGGUUCUGUUCAUCUCUGGGAUACAACCGGUCGCAGCCCAAAGGUCUCCUGGUUAAAGCAACAUUCCGCACCAACUUCUGGUGUUAGUUUUUCACCAUCAAAUGACAAGAUGAUCGCUAGUGUAGGAUUAGAUAAAAAGCUGUACACUUUCGAUUCAGGAUCAAGAAGACCCUCAUUUUGCAUUCCCUAUGAAGCACCGUUUUCUUCAGUGGCAUAUAGAGAUGAUGGAUACACACUGGCAGCUGGAACAACUACAGGCCAGGUGGUAUUUUAUGAUGUCCGAGGAAAACCACAGCCGUUUACUGUUCUUCGUGCUUAUGCUAAUUCUGAGGCUGUCACAAGUUUAUGCUGGCAAAGAUCAAAGCCAUUGUUGGUGAAUGAAAAAAGUUGCACACCUGAUAUGGCCCUCAUGGGAGGUACUGUGGAUGAUUCGAUCGUGAUGCCAGAUCCACUUCCAUCAGCAACCACAUCUACUACUUCAAUGAUUGGGUCCCGGAGUUCUGCUCGUCCUGGUCCCUCCCCAGAAUCUGCCACCUCAGUAACAACUAGUGCUAAUGAUCCAUAUGCAGGAGAAGAAACACCGCUGAGAAGCUCAGUAAGAGCUGGUGGAUUGCCUAGAUUACAUGCCCCACGUGGUUAUAAUCACAAGGAUGACAUGGAGGUGUUUUCUCCACUUGUAGAAGUUCAACCAAUCACACCGUCGUUUGAUAAAUUGUUUGAAGAUAAGAAGUCUUUUCUGUUGUUCCCUUCAUCAAAGAGACUUCCUCUUUCAACAGAUGUGGGUAGUGAUCCUCAGUCAAGUUUUGAUUGGAAGCCUCCCUCAACUUUGAUGCAGGAUGCCAACCGAACUCCAGUCUUUCAACCAACAUCUUCUCCUGUAUCCUCAACAACCGAUGAAUCGCCUUCCAUUACUCCACCAGAAGCUUGGGGCGGUCAGAGAGCGUCUGAAAAUAUUGCUCGGCUACGGCAUGGGAGUUCUCGUUUUUCCACAUUGGCAUCUUCUUCAAGUUCUGGAUCCAUGAUGGCUGGGCUUCAAGAUCUUAGUUUGCCUUUAAGCCAGACGGGUAUUAAUUUCCGAGUCAGGGACAACUCUUCUAGUCAAGAGAGUCUUUUAGCCUAUUCUGAUGCCCCGUUUGGUUCAUCAAUAUCGCUUGGUAUGAGAGGCAAUAUGGAAUCUUCUGGAUCAGCGUUGACCCAAACACGAAGACCUUCAAGUUAUGCUGAGAGAAUAAGCACCACUCCAUCCUUUAGUGACGGGACAGCCAAUGCUGUGGGGUCCCCAAAACUUAAGAAAACAGGAGCUGAAACAAGAGAAGAUCUUUUGAAUAGCUUUACACCAAGGCAUGAGAUCUCAGCUGUCACGGAAGCGGCUAUUCCUCCAUUGUUGAAUGGUAUGGAUACACAACCCCAGAGAGCACCUUUGCAACCAAAUUCACAGCAGGGAUCUUCCUUCUCACUUCAACUAUUCCAAGGCACUCUUGAUGAAGCUCUUGGUUCAUUUCAGAAAUCCAUUCACGAGGAUGUUAGAAAUCUACAUAUAGAAGUUCUUAGGCAAUCUCAUAUGCGCGAGAUGGAAAUGUCAAAUGCAAUGAGCUCAAUUUUGGAAGCACAGGCAGAGCUUAUGAAGGAAAUCAAGUAUUUACGCAAGGAGAACCAGGAACUCCGACGGCUAUUGUGAGGAUUAGCCAUUUACUCGUGUGUCUUCAUAGUUAAAUUGAGUCCACUUUUUGGUUUAUUGUAUUUCGCUUUCAUUGCAAACUAGCCAUUAGCCAUCUCUUGUGAAAAUUCAAAAAAGGGCUAACUGAAGUUUUUAAAAAAUUAGGAGUUUUGGAAAAAAAAUUAAUAUAGUAUUUGUUUUGGAUUUUGACAAGAGUAAUGGUUUUGUGUUGUAAUUUGUAAAUAGUAUGUGAGUGGUACAACGGUUUGAAAACUCGAGUGCUCUUUUUGAAUAUGAUGAGUGAUGGCCCUGAUGGCCUGAUUUACUUUACGUU